UGAGCAGGCGCGCUUCCCCUGAGCUCCGGCUGAUGCCGAAACCCUCCUUGCAAGAUGGCGUUUCGCAGAACCGAGGGAAUGUCUAUUAUCCAAGCUCUGGCCAUGACUGUAGCAGAAAUACCAGUGUUUCUCUACACGACAUUCGGUCAGUCUGCCUUCUCUCAGCUACGGCUCUCCCCGGGCCUACGGAAAGUGCUGUUUGCCACUGCUCUUGGGACGGUUGCUUUGGCCCUCGCCGCUCACCAGCUGAAGCGCCGGCGACGUCGGAAGAAACAGAUUGCCCCGGAGAAGUCCAGCGCAAAGGCCGGGAUGGCGCCAGUCCCUAUCCUGCCAACAAGAAGGGUCCCCUCGGUGAAGAAAGGGCACUCCGGCAGGCGAGUGCAGAGCCCCGGCAGCAAGAGCAACGACACCCUCAGCGGGAUCUCCUCCAUCGAGCCCAGCAAGCACUCUGGCUCCUCCCACAGCCUGGCCUCAAUUGUGGCUGUGAACUCCUCCAGCCCCACACCAGCUUCCGCAGGACUCUGGGAGGGCCAAGUAGUGGAAGAUCCUGGAGCCGCAGGGGAUCACAGUGCAGAAAACCUCUAUUUCCAAGGGAUGGAGCUGUUUGAAGAAGCACUGCAGAAGUGGGAGCAGGCCCUCACUGUCAAGCAGAGAGACCCAACCAGCCCUUCAGUCACUUGGGACAAUGAUAAAGAACCAGAAUUGCUGCCAGAGGAGCUGCCAGAGCAGGAAUCCCAGAAAAAAGAGUUUGCAGAAAAGCUUGAGUCUCUCUUACACCGGGCUUAUAACCUCCAGGAAGAGUUUGGCUCGACAUUUCCUGCUGACAGCAUGCUGCUAGACCUUGAAAGAACACUUAUGCUCCCACUGACAGAAGAAUCGCUGAGACUUCGGGCGGAUGAUGAAGAUAGCUUGACCUCUGAGGAUUCUUUCUUCUCUGCUGCUGAGCUCUUUGAUUCUCUGCAGAUGGGAGAAAUACCUUUUCAGCUCUCCAAGCCAGCUGCUGCCUAUGAAGAAGCUCUGCAGUUGGUGAAGGAAGGAAGGGUUUCAUGCAGGACACUACGAACAGAGCUGUUAGGCUGCUACAACAAUCACGACUUCCUGGCAAAGCUCCACUGUGUCAGGCAAGCUUUUCAGGAACUUCUUCAGACUGAGAACAAUCAGACGUUUUUUGGGGAAGUUGGCAAACGCAUGGUAUUGGGACUGAUGACCAAGGCUGAAAAGAACACCAAGGGUUUCCUGGAGAGCUAUGAUGAAAUGCUGCGCUACACGCUGAGACAAGAGACUUGGCUGACUACUCAGAAGGAGCUGGAAGGACGAGGGGUAGUCUGCAUGAAUUUCUUUGACAUUGUGCUGGACUUUAUCCUCAUGGAUGCCUUUGAGGACUUGGAGAACCCACCAUCUUCUGUGCUAGCUGUCCUGCGUAACCGCUGGCUUUCUGACAGCUUCAAAGAAACGGCCCUUGCAACUGCUUGCUGGUCUGUUCUAAAAGCAAAGCGGCGACUUCUGAUGGUUCCAGAUGGCUUCAUCUCUCAUUUCUACUCCGUAUCGGAGCAUGUCAGCCCUGUUCUCGCUUUUGGCUUUCUGGGGCCAAAGGAACAUCUGCUGGAAGUCUGCAGUUUUUUCAAGCACCAGAUCAUGCAAUAUUUGAAAGACAUGUUUGACCUGGACAUUGUGAGAUACACAACAGUCCAGUCACUUGCAGAAGACAUCCUCCAGCUCUCCCGGCGCCGCAGUGAUAUACUUCUGGGUUACCUGGGCGUGGAGACUGCCCCAGAGAUGAAUGGGAGCCUGCCCAGUGACAUUGUACCCUUUGAGGAGUUCAAUUAAACUUGGCCUAAGCAAGAGAAGCAGCCUUCUCAGUCAAGAACUGU